AUGCAACUAUCUGCAUUCGUCUUGUUUAUAUUAUUACUCAAAACAAACUUUGUUCAAAAUAGUGUAAUUCAUACAUAUGAUCUUGCAUCGCAAAUGCCAUCACGUUUUGUUUGUAUGUUUUCUGUCAGUUGGUUUGGUAUUGGCCCAUCCGAUCCUCAAGGAAAGGGACCAGAUCCAUAUACAAAUCAUUGGGAUAUUGGUAAGCAAGGUUCAUGUGUUUCUGCAUCUCAACCUGAUCAAUGUGGAACAGAUGGACAAAGAAAUAUAUCGUCAUAUUAUCGACCACUUGCUGGUAUUUAUUCAUCAAGUGGAUUGGAUAAUGAAAGUCUUGCACGUAUUGAUCUUAUGUUAACAACAUUGUAA